AUCUGAUUAAAAAAAGAUCCUUCUAGCAGCCAAUCAUAAAGUUCCGAGUUUUUCGGGGACAUGCUUAUAUUAGCCAGCGUCACUGCCCUGACUUCUUCUUCUCUCCAGGAUGCUCCUCUUCUUGAGCCUGGCCGUCUUCUUCUCUGCGGGCUUUUCCAUGGAGAUGAACCAGACCUCCAGGCUGCUGGUGGAGAGCGGAGAGCAGUGCUCGGCCUGCGACUUCCGGGAACACAGCAAGCAAAUGAGGCUUCACAACAUCAAGUCCCAGAUCCUCAGCAUCCUGCGGCUCGAACAGGCUCCAAACAUAAGCCGGGACAUGAUCCGUCAGCUGCUGCCCAAAGCGCCUCCUCUGACGCAGCUCCUGGACCAGUACAACCCGCGGGUGGAGGACGAAGAACACGCCACGACGGAGACCAUCAUCACCAUGGCCACUACUCCUAAUCCGAUCACCCAGGACGAGAUGUCCUCCUGCUGCCUCUUCAGCCUCAGUCCAAAGAUCCAACCCAAAAACAUCCUGCGCGCUCAGCUGUGGGUUCACCUGCGGCCGGCCGACAUAGUUACCACUGUCUUCCUGCAGAUCUCACGUCUAAAACCAGGAAAGGAAGGGAACAGCACCCGAGUGAGAGUCCGAUCCCUGAAGAUAGACACUGAUGCUGGUGCAGGCUCCUGGCAGAGCAUUGACAUCAAGUCCCUUCUGCAGGCGUGGCUGCGUCAACCAGCGACCAACUAUGGCAUUGAGAUCAAUGCCUACGACUCCAAAGGAGAAGACCAUGCUGUCACCUCAGUGAAGCCUGGAGAGGAAGGCCUGCAACCGUUCAUUGAGGUGAAGAUCCUCGACACUCCAAAGAGAUCCCGCCGCGACUCAGGCCUCAACUGUGACGAGGAGUCUGCAGAGACCCGCUGCUGCCGCUAUCCACUCACCGUCGACUUUGAAGAGUUCGGCUGGGACUGGAUCAUCGCACCAAAACGCUACCGGGCCAACUAUUGCUCAGGAGAGUGUGAAUUCAUGCACCUGCAGCAGUACCCACAUGCUCACCUGGUGAACAAGGCCAACCCACGGGGCACUGCAGGGCCCUGCUGCACACCCACCAAAAUGUCGCCCAUCAAUAUGUUGUAUUUUAACCACAAAGAGCAGAUAAUCUAUGGAAAGCUCCCAUCCAUGGUGGUCGACCACUGUGGCUGUUCUUGAGGAGACCCUGGUGUCUGCAUGACAUAGGCUAAAUUUAGAAGCUUUGUUUUCAGUGAAAGGGAUGCAAAAUAUUUUGUCUCAAGUCUAAACUAAGACCCAGUAGCAUCCCAUUUAGAAAGGGGCACAAGGAUUACUUCCAAGGACAGG